AUGAGCGAUUAUAAUAAUAAUAGUAAUAAUAAUAAUGAAAACGAACAAGAUGAAAAUAAAAAUAAUACAAUUCAAGAGAUAACUGAACAAUUUCUCACAUUAAGAUCUCUAAAUGAAGGUUUAAAAGAAAAAAAUCUUCAAUUAAUACAUCAACAAGAGGUAUCUGAAAAUAAAAUUGAUACAUUUAAAAAAGAGUUAGAAAAUAAAACUGAACAAAUAAAUUCAUUAGAAAAUAAAUUAGCGAAUAAAGAAGAAGAAUUAAGAGAAAUAAAAUAUAUAAAUGAAGAAUUAUACAAGUGGAAAGAAACCCAUAGAUUAACAGAUGAUGAUUAUAUAAAAUUAAAAGAUACAAUUAGAUUAAAGGAUGAUAAUAUUAGUUCACUAUCAAUUCAACUAGAGCAUACAAUAAAUAAAAAUGCGUAUGUAUCACUUUAUAUUAUUAUUAUUAUUAUUAUUAUUAUUUUUAAUAUAAAAUUAGAUUAUUAA